AUGGGAGACUGGGGUUUUCUCUCCAAGUUACUUGACAAAGUGCAGUUGCGCUCCACAAACAUCGGGAAGGUGUGGCUGACGGUGCUUUUAAUCUUCCGCAUCAUGGUGCUUGGUGCAGGAGUCGAUAAAGUCUGGGGUGACGAGCAGUCCAGCAUGGUGUGCAACAUUAUCACACCUGGCUGCAAGAACGUGUGCUAUGAUCACUGUUUCCCAAUCUCUCACAGUCGCUUCUGGGUUCUCCAGAUCAUCUUUGUGAGCCUACCAACACUGGUGUACCUGGGCUAUGUCCUGCACAUGAUCCACAAAGAGGACAAGCUGAAGCUGAUGUAUGCUGAGAAGCGAGGAACCAAACUCCCUAAAUACACAGAUGCCACAGGAAAGCUUCAGUACAAAGGGAAGCUCCUGCGCAUCUACAUGACUUGCAUAUUAAUGACCAUUUUGUUUGAAGCAGGCUUCAUCGGUGGUCAGUACUACUUGUACAGCUUUGUGAUGAAACCUAGGCUUAUGUGCGAAGAGGACCCAUGUCCUCUUCCCAUCGAGUGCUUCAUGUCACGUCCAACCGAGAAGACCAUCUUCAGCAUAUUCAUUGAUACUGAAUAUAGCAGAGAUUUAUCUGAUCUGUCAGGCUUCCAGGCGUAA